ACUCCACAGAUAACUGUAACACAGAGUACACCAACAACAUUAAAGAAAGAAAUCACAAGGCCUCUGUCCAUGCCACAGGCAGAGCACGUUGAACCCGCUUCAGUGAGAUCCAUUCCUAAAUCUGCCUCAUACAGUCAAGAGGCAUCACCAGCACAGCUAACAGUUAGAGUGUCCAUGAGCUUUUCAUCUUUACAGGGACUGAUGAACCCUGACCAACCCAGCAACUUCCCAGAGCUCUUCUUGACUCUUGGAGCACCCGGAGAUAACCUAGUGAUACCUCUGAGCCCCGUCCCUGGACGACGCCUUUCUCUCAGCCUCAACCUUAUCCCAAAAGAAAAUGUGGACAUUGAACAAACCCCUCCAAACCAUUCAAGUCCCUGGAAGUCUGACUCUGGACCACCAUCUCCAAACGUCAGGAUGCCCAGUCAUUCACCAUCGAGCCCACAAGACAACUCCAUGCUUGUGGCUGUCACUCAGGCUGUGAAAGGUCAGACAGCUCCUGUCAGAAAGGGCAACAGACUGAAAGUAAAGGAUAAGCCCUAUCAAGACAAGGGAAAAAAGGUUAUGAAGAAGGAAAAAAGUGGAAAUAAACAAAAAACAGGAUGAGUUCAUUGUUAUUAUUAACUAUAAUAUAUGUUUGUUUAUUAUUAUUCCAGAUGGAAUUUUACAU